CAAUUCUCAUGCAGUCCCUCCAUCGGCUCCGACCAGGAUGAAUGCUGCUUCUCCGGCGCCCGAGGAUGUCGAUCGGGCCAAACGUCGCAAGCGGGCGUCGACGACGGGGACAUCGCGGCCUUCACCCCGCGAGCUGGGCAUCAUGCGCAAGGAUGAAACUUCCGCUAGUUUUCUCGGGAGCUCCAGUGGCAUCCACUUUGUCCGGACGGUCUACCAUGCUUUCGCUCGUCGCUCCGCCGAUUUGCAGCAGCAACAGGCUCGCGCUGGCCAUCCCCAUGAGAGCCUAGUGCCUGGGGAGGACGACUACCUGCGCCUCAAUCCAGGCCAGGCACAGGCACAGGCACAGGCACCCUUAUGGACAUCCCAGGAGCUUGAUAUGACCAACCCCCGACUCACUUUUGACCAAUUUCUGCAACUCUCCCGCCAGUAUUUCCAGAAUUGGCACCCCAUCUACCCCUUCAUUCAUGCUCCGCACAUUCUCCGCGCCAUGGAGCGGGCGAGCCAGGGGGGCAUCCGGUCCGUCAGUCGCACGGAUACCGUCCUCAUCCGCUCGGUCAUGUCCAUCGCUGCCAUUGACAACCGACAAGCCCCAGGCGCUGCCUCGGUGGCGCCGACGAUGCCGGCGGAGCUGGUCUACCAGACGGUGCAUGAAGCGAUGAAUGGCCUACGAGAUCUGUUGGACGAACCGUCCUCGAUUCCCCUACUCCAGGCAGCCGUGAGCAUUCAGUUGUUCCUGACCUCCAUUCUGCGUCUGAAUGCGGCGUCGCGGAUUGGGGGAUUUGUGACUCGCACCGCGUUUCAUCUGGGCCUGCAUCGCUGCCCGGCCCGUUACUCCUGCUUCACCCCCGAUGAUGUGCUGAUCCGUCGCCGCCUGUUCUGGUCAAUCUACUGCCUUGAGCGAUAUCUGACGCAAGCCCUGGGAGUGCCCCUGAGCAUCCGGGAUGACGAUCUGGAUGUAUGCUACCCUGGAGCAGAACGACACACUCUGGACAAUGGAGAAGUGCUGGCCCGGCCGGACGACCCCCGGCUGAAGCUCCUACGGCAUCUGGCUCAGUUUGCGUGUGUCCGGGGCUUGAUUUCCGAGCUGCGCAACAAAUCCAUCAUGCACAGUCGAGAGAGCCGGGGGGAGGCGGCGGAAGUGGACCGCGCACUCUUGCAGUGGUGGCAUGAGGUGUACGAUGAUGUCUAUCCCUUGGCCUGCGACGAGGCCGCGGCUGCUGCCUCUCCAUUGCAGCCCUUCCAUUCGCUACUGUUGGUGGUUCUACGCCACGAAGCCAAGAUUGCCCUGCAUCGGCCGUUACUGGCGACGGACAAUCCGGCCACGGCCGACUACAAAGCCGCGUUUCUGACGUGUAUCAAUUCGUCGCGAUCGUUGUUGGCGGCGCUGCAUGGCUACAUCACGGCGCCACCCAGCGACGACCGUCCCCCUCUCAUUGUCCCCUCUUUCACCUGGACGGUGUGGAUGUCGUGUCUGAUUCUCCUCUAUGCGGCCUGGACUCAUCACUUUUCGAAUGAGGGGGCCCUUCGAUAUGCGCGCAUUGGGAUUGCCGUGCUCCAGAACAUUGCACAGCGGGAACGGGAAUGGCCGCAGACAUGCAUUGAGGCCAUUGAGGAUCUGUGUUCCGCUCUC